CGGGGUAGCGCGAUUUAGAAAAUUCCAUCCUAAAAAUGUUCAUAUAAAGAAGAACAUCCACCGCUAUUACUGAAUCUUCAAUAGUCUUUGCAAUCGGAUCAGAGCCCAAAUAUGCCACAAUCGUCUGGGAAGCUAGCAGAGAAGAUGAAAUGGAUCGUCACUCGCUACCCAAAACCUCCUGGUCAACUUAUCGCCCUAGGCGCCAUUCUAUCUAACCCAGACGAUCCAGAGACUCGUCUAAAUCGGCAUGAUGCGAUAGAAGUCAAGUCAAAGCAUCUUCUCGAUGAAUCUGCAGCCAUCCAACGUGUUAUGCAUGCAGGAGUAUCCAAUGAUGACGACAUUAUACUCAAAUUAACGCAAUUUCUAAGCGCUAGGCUAAGUACCAGUGGAGGACGCAAAGAAGAUGGAAAGACGAUCAUUGAUGCAUUGGACGUGAACUCAAAAAUAUUUUUACCAGAUAAAGAAUAUAUGAAUGCCAGUAUGGAAGCUCCUGGAGUACAGGAAUAUAUCAAAAAUUGCAGCUUUUCGAAGAAGCUAUACAUGAUAAUUGGCGUUGCGACAGCAAAGAAACUGCACAUUAGUGAGGUAUCGUCAAAACAACGCUCUGCUGGAGUGAGUGUUACUGUUCCAUAUAUGGGAGGAUCUGGUUUGGGAAGUACUGCUGGAGGACGUCAUAAGAGCUCUCAAAUCUCUGGUUCGGAGGUGGAUGUCGAGCAGGAAUGCGAUUUUGCUUAUCGGAUUCGAGAAUUUACAUAUUGGAGGUAUAGGAGAGAAAAAGUCAAAAUGAAGGCCGAUCGGGAUACAGGAGCACUUUUCAGAACUGAAAACAGCCAUGAAGAUUAUGACAGCUAUGAUGAUAGCGAAGACGAUGCUUUUGAAGAUGUUCCUCUAUUUAAUGAAUUAAAAGAGAUAGAUUAUAGCGAUGAUGCGAUUUUAGUCUUUGAAGUCUAAUGAUAUAAUGCAGUGUAGCAGACAAGCUUUUCUCUAAACUUUCUUUCUAUAACUAGGUAUCCAGA